GGCGUUAUGCACCUAUUCUCGGUGGCGCUAUUCCCAAUCUCGGGUCAUCUUCAGUACCAAGAGCCGAAGGAUAUGUUCCCGAAGGUUAGCAACAUCCUCCCGGCGACGCGUGCGAAUGCGCCCAACGUGAUCCAUGUGACGGCCAAGGCAAAGCCCAAGACCAAGCCGCCGUCCGAGGGCAAGCCGCCAUCCGAGAGUGGCCACCCAUCCGGCUGCCGCGUCGAAGAGAACGUCGAAGGCGUCAUUCACGAAGAAGACCGCGCGGGUACGAUCCAUAUCUGGGCGCUCGGUGUUGUCUGCGUCAUGGGCGGCCAGCUCUACGGCUGGAACGCAGCAUUCGAGACUGGGUUUGUGCCGUUCGCGAUCUCCCAGGUGAUGACGGGCGUCGCGUACGUCAUUUACAUUUCGUCAGCAGCCGAGAUCUCCGGCAAACUCGCCUUCUCUGGCGGCUCGUAUGGGCUCACGCGCAUCACGCUCGGCUUUUACGCAGGCUUCAUCGUCGGAUUUCUUGAGCUCUUGGCGUACAUUGCGUCGGCGGCCGUCUCGGUAAGCUACGUUGCCGACUUUCUCACAACGGCAUGGGACCUGCCCAAUAGCUACAAACCGGUCUUAUGGUUCGUCUUUUACGUUGUUUUUAUCGGGAUUUUGCACCUCCGCGGCAAGUACAUGUGGCGCUUCAUGGUCGUCUUUGCGCUCUCGUGCCUCUUGCCGAGCGUGCUCUUUGUGCUCCCGAACCUCGGGCGCGCCAACCUGCGCGUCUACGGUGCGCUCUACGACAAUAGCACCGACGGCAGUAAUAACGCGACCUCGUCGAGUGCGAUCUGGGCCUCGGGCACUCUGAGUUCGGCGUUCUUUGCGUGGAUGCCGUACACGUCGUGGGCGUAUGCCGGCGUCGAGUGCCUCACGCUCGUCACGAGCAUGGUCGCGAACCCCAAGCGCGCGAUGCCACGAGGUAUGGUCGCGGCUACGUGGACGCUCUUCAUCUCCAACAUUGCACUUAUCUUUAUCGUCCCGUCGCUCCCUCCGGGCAUGAACGAGCUCAUUAGCGCCGAGUUUCCGCUCAACUACGGCUUCGCGCUUGGCCUCGGCGCGUCCGAGACGGUCGGCCAGUGGCUCAUCUUGCCGGCGCAAAUGGGCAUGGCUGCCGGCUUCUUCCUCCCGUACGCGCAGCUCACAAUGGCGCUUGCCAACUCGAAUUUACUCCCGGCCUGUCUCAAACUCAAAAAUCGAGCUUCGACGCUCUGGCCGAUGGUUGCGUCGUCCAUGUUUGGGUACCUCCUCUGCACGCUGGGGCACUUGAGCCCGUCCUUCCAAGCGUCGACGCAAAACAUCUUCAUCUUGUCGGCCACGUUUUGCUAUGUCGCGCAGCUUAUCGGCUUUGUCAAGCUCCGCACCACGUACAAGACUCCGCCGGACGGCUACAAAAGUCCAUAUGGCAUUCUCGGCGCGUACUUUGCCGCGUUUGUGUACGGCUUGAUGGCGCUCUCGAUCGUCGGCGGCUUCCAGGGCGACGACGGCGUCGCGGCCAUCGCGCUCCUCCUCUUCAUGGGCCUCCUCUCGAUUUACUACCACGCGGUUGGGAAGCAUGUGCAAACGCUCUCGAAAGACGAGUAUGCGUCCGUCUUCAAGUUCUCGAUCAUGAAGUACAACCAUACGCGUGCCAAGCAACUCAAGGCCGCCAAGCUCAAGGCGGCCAAGCAGCAUUCUGGCGCGACCAGCUCCGAGACCAACCACCGGUUUUGGCACAAGUGGCUCAAGCACUCGACCAAGAGCACGGUCGCGCCGUCAUUGAGCAAGACGUCGGUGAGCACGCAUCCGAGGUUGCCGCCCAAGACGCAUUAGGUGGCUCUUGCAUUGGUGUACAUAUGUAUAAAGAAGAAUCCACCGUCUCGCUUCUUGCU